AUCCUAUAUGCAAAGUGUUGGAUAAAAAUUUUAAUAUAACGAUACCAACACAAUGUCAGAAAGCAUUAAUACCAGCUAUUCUGGCUGGAAAAGAUGUUCUAGUUAGAGACAUUACGGGGUCUGGAAAAACGUUUGGUAUAGUUUUAGCAUUACUCAAUCAGUCUAGAAAACAAGUAUUUGUGAACCAUUCCACUAUGAAAAAACCAUGCGUAACUAGUAUAUUAGUUGUUCCCAGUCGCGAGUUAGGAUUUCAAAUUGAAAAUUGGAUACAUAUGCUAUUAAUUGAUUCCGGUUUGCCCUUGAAAUCAAUCAUUCAGGUCGUUGCAAAGACCUCUCAGCAGGAUGAGAUCAGGCAAUUGGAUGAUUUGAACAACAUUCCUCCACAUAUAUUAGUAGGCACUGCAACAAGACUCAGUGACCUUACCGCAGAAGGUUUAUUAACUUUUUCCAACCUAAGGACUCUUGUGUUAGACGAAGCAGAUCAUCUAUUAAGACUUCCCACUAAACAUGCACCGUUAAAGAGGAUUCGAAACAGACUGAUUCAUCCAAAGCCGGCAGAAUUGUUAACACGAAAAAUUUUCGAGCAGGCUAGGCCUCAACUUGUGGUGUCUUCGGCUACUCUAAAUCGCGCAUUACGAUUUUAUUUUAAAGAUAAUGAGUACUCCGAAGAUCCAAUAUUUGUUGAUAUGACACAAGGAACCUUAUCACCACCGACGAUCGAACAUUAUUGUCUUUUGGUUUCAUCAAAAGAAAUCAAGAAUAUAACAUCAGCUGAUUUUUCGGAUGGCCAUAAUAAAUGCAAUGUUAAAAGUUUUGAGGAACGAACACAGGAUUUCGAUGAUGUUGAUGACCGGAUGUUGGAUAGUGUUGCUGGUGCAAUUGAGCUUGAAAAUGUGCAAAGUGGCUUGAUCUUUGUGAAUAAUAAAAUCAAUGUACCAGUGGUGAUCGAACGUCUUAAACAGUUUGGUGUAAUUGCAAAGGAAUUAGCAACUUCGUUUAUAAACAAAGAAAUUAAGAGUUCCCCAUGGAACAAUCCGUCAGAAUCAACAUCAGGGACAAUAUUCGUCGCUCCUGAAUAUACUGCCCGGGGUAUUGAUAUCUCUUCUGUAUCGCACGUAUUUAUUUUGGGUAUGCCAUCUUCAUCGACUGAAUAUUUGCAUAUGUCUGGACGUACUGGAAGGAUGGGUCGUAGUGGAAAAGUUAUUACCAUUAUAAGAGAAGGGAGUAGUGUACCGGUUUCAGCACUUCCUUCCCCAGCUGGCCGACGACGCUCAUCUACUGGCACCGCACAAAAGUCAACGACUGGCUUAAAGGGGCUCACUCCAGAGCAAGAAGCUUUACUGCAAGAGGCUAUGGAAAAGUACAACCCAGGAGCCGCUACUAAAGCGAACGAAUUUAAUAGUAGUUCUACCUCGGCCCCUAGCACUCAAAGUGACCUGCCAUUCCCUUCUAGUACUAUACCUAAUUCAAGCAACCAGUCAAAUAACUCACUGAGGAAGCCUGGUGCUAGGAGACCAAGUAUAUCUAAGGUGACUCGACAACCUUUAUUACCACCACUGGAUGAGAUGCCUACAGAUUUACCAAUUUCUACAACUCAACCACAAGCUUUGCCUUCAAAAUACUCUCUAAAUAAUUCAGUGCAUCAAUCAUCUAUUUCAUCUCAACGAUCAUUUUCGAUACAAAACCAACAUUCAACUACUGGAUCACCAUCCACAAAUAUAUUACCUGUUCAUCCACGUUUACAAUCUGUUUCUACUUCACCACGUCCUGCUUCACCUUCACUUUCACAAUUCUCAGUUGGAGAUCGAGUUAUUGCCGAAUCAAUGAACAUAAUUGGCACAUUAAGAUUUUUAGGACCCAUAGAUAUCAAACCUGGUACCUGGGCUGGAGUAGAAGUUGAUAUUCCCGGAACAGGCAAAAAUGACGGAAGUCUUUCAAAAGUUGACAAAGAGCCAGCUGGUUUACCGCAAGUGUCGACCUCAAUUAAACCUAACCCACCUACUCAUAAAUUACCACGCCCUUCAUCCACUUCCACUAAUUCUAGCGACAAAGAAUCAUCUGGGAUUCCUUCUAUGGAUCCUAGAAUUUCCAAAAAUGCGCAGAAUGCUGCAUUGGCCGCUUCCCGUAUAACUGCUGGAUCACGUGCCUCCAAGUAUAUUGGUGUCACGGCUUCUCAACUUAAACAAAGAUCUAAACCCACAAAUAUUAUCACUACACCUAUCACUGAGCCACAAUCUUUCCGCAAUCAGUCUCAGGAAACUAAAAAGACCUCAGGCUUAACCCGUCCAGGUUCAAAUAAUAAUCUAAAAUCACUAUCUUUAUCCCAAACCUAUGCAAAAAACCGACCGAGGAGCAAUUCCUCCUCCUCUAACGGAUCUGCUAUAUCCAGUACAUCUCAAUCAGCUUCACAACCAAGAUCAGUAAUUUCACGUUCUCCAAAUCCGCCAAACGAUGCUUUAUCCCCUUCUGAUAGUGAUAUGACAGUCAUUGCAUCUAUAAAUGAAGAAAUGAGUAAUAAAUCUCUUCAAGAAAAAGUAAAAAAAUUGCUAAAUGAUUCGGAAAAUUCGGAAAAUGUUCCUUUAAGUUUGUUUGAUCAACAAGCUCUUCGGAUUCAACAAUUACAAAUGAAAAUUGAUGUAUUGGAAGGAGAAAAUGCACGCUUGAAACUUGAUGACAGGAAACUUCAAACUCAAGCCGAUGCAGGAAAAUUGCAUGAACGAAGUUUUCUUAAUCGUCGCACAGGGUUAACACAUGCUGAUGUUAAAGAAAGUUGGGAAAAUGAAAAAAUUGCUCUUUUAGAAGAAAAAGAAUCUAUUGAAAAAGCAUUAAACGAAAAGAUAGCAGAAUUGACAAAGAAACUUCAAGAUUCUUCAAAGGGACGACCAGGCACUUCUCUUUCUCAGAUCGCAGAUGAUGAUUUUAUGAGCGAUAAAAUUUUGCAGUUGACUGAACUAGUUGAACAGAAAGACGAACAGAUUAAAUCACUUGAAGAAUCGCUUAACAAGGUGACUAAACAAUCCAAUGAGUAUCAAAUAAAGAUUGCCGAGCUGGAAAAAAUUAACACGGAACGUGCCGACAAGAUAGAACAGCUUGCAAGCCUUGGUACUCAAAAUUCGCAAACAGAAUCUUCUGAUAGAGUUGCUCAGCUGGAGAAGGUUAUUCAAGAAAAAUCCACUGAAAUCGUUCAAUUAACGGGAAAUGUUGAAAGUAUUCAGAUGGAAUCAGAUGGCAAAAUGCGUGCACUUCAAGAGACCAUUAACGAGUUAAAAUCUGCAGGUCAGGAGACAAUCAACAUUUAUGAAUUAAGAGUUUCAUCGCUCGAGCAACAAGUUGAAGACUUAAAAAAAGCAGGUGUAGAAACAAUAUCAUUAUAUGAGGAGGCAACAAAUAGAAUUUCAGAACGUGAAGCUAAAAUUAAUUUGUUGGAAAAAGAGGCCGAAGAAUUACGAUCUGCUGGUGUGGAAGCUAUUGAUGUGUACGAGAAAACAAUCGAGGAGACUAAAAGAGAGAUGGAAAAUACAAAAAAUCAAUUGAUUAGGAAAGAGGAAGCACUCAGCGCUGCUAACAAAGAAAUAGAGAGGCUUAGAUUGUUGCAAAAAGAGUUGACAGAAACAAAGACAAAGAGGGAAGAGGGUCUUAGAAACGAAUUGGCUGAUUUACAAACUGGUUUGGAACAUAUGAUGCGUGCGGAUGCAAAGUCCCGUGAGCGCAUUUAUCAAUUAGAGGAUGAAGUGCGAGACUCACAAGCUCUUGUUAGUAGGCAACAAGAGGAAAUUUCGGCUCUCAAAAAUAAUAUGCAAAAUCUUAUGGCUGCUAAUACAGACGAAGAAAUUGAAAAGGUUAAAGAAGUCUUUGAGAGCGACAUUAAGAGGCUUCAAUAUGAAUUGGGAGAAGUGAGAAAAUUAUUAUCUGAUACGCAAUCCGAAAAGCGUGCACUUGUUGGAGAAUUGGAUGUUAUUAAAGAUGAAAAAAAAUUGGUAGAGAAAAAAUUGCAAGAUAACGAGAAAGAGAGGCAGGAUAUUAUCACUGAAAUGGAUGUGUUAAAAGGUAACAUGUUGCAAAAUGAAAAUGAACGUACACAGUUAGUUACAGACAUAGAAGAAUACAAAGUAAACAUCACUAGAGUUGAGGAGCAAAAGAUAAGCAUUAUUAAAGAUGCGGAAGCUGAAAAAUCAGCAUUGAUGGAAUCAUUUGAAAAUUUGAGAAAAGAAUUAAUCGAAGUACGUGAAAAUACCCAAAAGGAUCUAGAAGAGUUACAACAGCGACUGAAAAAUAAAGAAAAUCAUGCUGGUCAACUAAAAUCUGAGCUUGAUAUCAAGAUAGCAGAAUUAGAGCAACUUAAAAAAAAUGCAGAAAAUUUAAAAGUUGUUGAAGACCUUUCUGUGUCAUCUCAAGAUUCUGUAAAACUUAAAACAGAAAACGAGCAAUUGAAGAAAAAAAUUAAAGAUUUGGCCAUAUCUACAAAAACAACAGAAGAUAUGACGCAAAAAAUUAAAGAAUUUGAAGAAAAAGUUACAGCGUAUGAAGAACAAAUUACCGGACUCAAACAUAUUGUACAAGAGUUGACUCGUGAAAAUGUUUCUAUCACCAGUGAUAAUAAAAAAAUUUUAGCCGAGCAAGAAAAAUUAAUGGAAGCUCAUCGACAAGUGGAAAAUGAAUGUUUGAAAUUGAUGGACGAAUUGGAGAGACUACAUAGUGAAUCGCUUGGUGGUCAGGGCAUCUUAUCAUUGUCUCCACCUGUCGAAGAUUCGUAUCAAGCUAAUGGAGUUAGUUCUGUAGAUCAAGAAGAUUCAGAAGAAGGGGAAACAUCACAAGCAAGAACUGAUACAUCACGUCUCCAAUCACUUUUAGUAGAAAAACAAUCACAAAUAGACAGAUUGACGUCUAAACAUAACGCAGAAACUAGAGAAUUGCGUCAGAAAAUCCAGGAAUUGGAAAGGUCAAAGCAACGAGAAAUAACUGCAUUGAAUAAAGAUGUUGCAGAACUGGAAUCAUUGAUCGAAAGUAAAAUUUUCCGUGAAGCAGAUCUGGAAGAAGAAGUACAACGAGAACGACGAAAUACCAAAAAGUGGAAAGAUGAUUUUGAAGAUUUGAAAGAGCAAUUAAAUAAAAUGAAUAAUAGUGAUGGUGCAAGCUUACUAGAAGCUUCAAUUCUUGGUAAUGGUUUAAUCGAUGGAGGUUCUCCACCUCGAACAAAUAAAACAGAAACUUCAAACUUAUAUUGCGAGAUUUGCGAAGAAGCCGGCCAUGAUAUCAUAAGUUGCAAGGUAGUGUUUGGCACACAUUCAAGCGCCAGUAAUGCUUCGUCUGAUACCGCGGUUGGUGGAUUCACUGGAAGUCACAAAGAUGAAAGACCGGUUAGUGAAUUUCAAAUACGUUAA